UUUAAACUGGUAUUCAGAAGUUAAUAUAAAUCUUGAUAUGUCUCGAGGUGUCUCGUGCGUUGCUGUCGGCAGCCUUGAAUGUGGAGUUAGCAUCAGGGCUAAUGAGAGCAGCUAGCAGGAGUGUUCAGGUAGUAACUCAAUCGCAGAAUCACAGGAUCAAGGUGGGACUUGUUCCUGCAUCAUCUUCCUUCUCCUCCUCCUCCUCCUCUUCCUCCUGCUGCCGCUAUGUUGGACUUCCUAGCUGAGAACAACCUGUGUGGCCAGGCUGUCCUCAGGAUAGUGUCCAGAGGAAAUGCCAUCAUCGCCGAGCUGCUGCGCCUCUCUGAGUUCAUCCCAGCAGUGUUCAGGCUCAAGGACAAGAGCGACCAGCAGAAAUAUGGAGACAUCAUCUGUGACUUCAGCUACUUCAAGGGUCCAGAGUACUAUGAGGGGAAGCUGGAAGCCAAACCAGAGCUUCAGGACUUGGAUGAAGAAUUCAGAGAGAACAACAUUGAGAUCCUGUCACGGUUCUAUCUGGCUUUCGAAAGUGUCCACAAAUACAUCGUGGACCUUAACAGAUAUUUGGAUGACCUACAUGAGGGUGUUUAUAUUCAGCAGACCCUGGAGACUGUGCUUCUCAAUGAGGAUGGAAAGCAGCUCUUAUGUGAGGCUCUGUACCUGUAUGGAGUCAUGCUGCUGGUUAUAGACCAGAAGAUUGAGGGGGAGGUCAGAGAGAGGAUGCUAGUUUCCUACUAUAGAUACAGUGCUGCCCGUUCCUCAGCUGACUCCAACCUGGAUGACAUCUGCAAGCUCCUGCGUAGCACCGGCUACUCCAGCCAGCCUGGAGCCAAACGACCAGCCAACUACCCAGAGAGCUACUUCCAGAGGGUUCCCAUCAGCGCGACCUUUAUCAGCAUGGUCAUCGGGAGACUGCGCUCAGAUGACAUCUACAACCAGGUAUCUGCCUACCCACUGCCAGAGCACAGGAGCACAGCGCUCGCUAACCAGGCAGCCAUGCUGUAUGUCUGCCUGUACUUCACUCCCUCCAUCCUGCACACCCAGCAGGCCAAGAUGAGGGAGAUAGUGGACAAAUACUUCCCUGACAACUGGGUUAUCAGUAUCUACAUGGGGAUCACGGUGAACCUGGUGGAGGCCUGGGAACCCUACAAAGCUGCCAAAACGGCUCUCAACUACACCCUGGACUCAGCCAACAUCAAAGAGCAGGCAAGUCGGUAUGCAGCUAGCAUGGAGAGCCUGAAGCCUCAGGUGCAGCAGCUGCUGAAGGAAGGCUUCCUCAGGGAGGAGAUUGUCCUCGACAACAUUCCCAAACUGCUCAACUGCCUGCGGGACUGCAAUGUCGCCAUCCGCUGGCUGAUGUUGCACACUGCAGACUCAGCCUAUGACCCCAACAACAAACGACUGCGUCAGAUCAAAGAGCAAGUGAUCAAUGACUCCAAGUACAACCCUAAGAUCCUGUUCCAGCUACUUCUGGACACCGCUCAGUUUGAGUUCACACUCAAAGAAAUGUUCAAGCAGAUGCUGUCAGAGAAGCAGAUCAAAUGGGAGAGCUACAAGAAAGAGGGAUCAGAGAGAAUGACUGAGCUGGCUGAGGUCUUCUCUGGGGUCAAACCCCUCACCAGGGUGGAGAAAAAUGAGAACUUACAGGCCUGGUUCAGGGAAAUCUCUAAGCAGAUUGAGUCUCUAAACUAUGAAGACUCGACAGCUGCUGGGAGGAAGACAGUCCAGCUCAUACAGGCCCUUGUCGAGGUCCAGGAGUUCCACCAGCUUGAGUCGAACCUGCAGGUCUGUCAGUUCCUGGCUGACACAAGGAAGUUCCUCCACCAGAUGAUUCGCACCAUAAAUAUCAAAGAGGAAGUCCUCAUUACGAUGCAGAUAGUAGGAGACCUGUCCUAUGCAUGGCAGAUCAUUGACAGUUUCACAUCCAUAAUGCAGGAGAGCAUCAGAGUUAACCCCUCCAUGGUCACCAAACUCAGAGCAACGUUUCUGAAGCUGGCAUCUGCCUUGGACCUUCCUUUGCUAAGAAUCAACCAGGCGAACAGUCCAGACCUGCUGAGUGUUUCCCAGUUCUACUCUGGAGAGUUGGUAGCUUAUGUUAGAAAGGUGCUGCAGAUCAUCCCAGAGAGCAUGUUCACCUCUCUGGCCAAGAUCAUCAAGCUGCAGAUCCAUGACAUCAUGGAGGUGCCCACGCGGCUGGACAAGGACAAGCUUAAGGACUACUCCCAGCUGGGGGCUCGCUAUGAAGUGGCUAAACUCACCCAUGCCAUCUCCAUUUUCACUGAGGGGAUCCUGAUGAUGAAAACCACUCUGGUUGGGAUCAUCAAGGUGGAUCCUAAGCAGCUUCUCGAGGAUGGCAUCAGGAAAGAGCUGGUGAAGAGAGUGGCUUAUGCUCUGCACAAAGGAUUGAUCUUCAAUCCCAAGGCUAAGCCCAGUGAGUUGAUGCCCAAGCUGAAGGAGAUGGCAGCCACCAUGGACGGUUUCUACAGGUCAUUUGAGUACAUCCAGGACUACGUCAGUAUCUAUGGCCUCAAGAUUUGGCAGGAGGAGGUGUCACGCAUCAUUAACUACAACGUGGAGCAGGAGUGCAACAGCUUCCUCAGGACCAAGAUCCAGGACUGGCAGAGUGUGUACCAGUCCACCCACAUCCCCAUCCCCAAGUUUCCCUCUGUGGAUGAGUCUGCCACCUUCAUUGGCCGCCUCUGCAGAGAGAUCCUCCGAAUCACUGAUCCCAAGGUGACAUGCUACAUCGACCAGAUGAAUACCUGGUAUGACAUGAAGAGCCAUCAGGAGGUGACCAACAACAGGCUGUUCUCUGAGAUCCAGGACACCCUGGGGACCUUCGGCCUCAACGGACUGGACCGUCUGCUCUGCUUCAUGAUUGUCAAGGAGCUGCAGAACUUCCUGACGAUGCUUCAGAAGACCAUCCUGAGGGACAAAGCUGUGGUGGACGUCUUCAAGGCAAUGCUUACUGCUGCCAACCCAGUCCAGGGCAUUGUGGUUAAUGCCAGCAAAGUGUAUGCCAGUGCUGUGGCCAAAACCCAGAAGAUCUGGGGGGCGUACUUGGAGGCAAUCAUGAAGGUGGGUCAGAUGCAGAUUCUCAGACAGCAGAUUGCUAAUGAGCUGAACUACUCCUGCAAGUUUGACUCCAAACACCUGGCCGCUGCCCUGGAGAACCUCAACAAGUCUCUGCUGGCAGACAUUGAGGCCCACUACCAGGAUCCGUCUCUGCCCUACCCUAAAGAGGACAACACCCUCCUGUAUGAGAUCACUGCCUACCUGGAGGCUGCCGGUAUCCACAACCCGCUCAACAAGAUCUACAUCACCACCAAGCGCCUGCCAUACUUCCCCAUCAUCAACUUCCUGUUUAUUAUAGCUCAGCUGCCUAAACUACAGUACAGCAAAAACCAGGGUAUGACGUGCAGGAAAGCUGCAGACCCGGUGGACUGGCCUCCCCUCGUCCUUGGCCUGCUCACCCUGCUGAAGCAGUUCCACUCCAGAUACACGGAGCAGUUCCUGGCUCUCAUCGGUCAGUUCAUCCGCUCUGUCAUGGAACAGUGCACCAGUCAGAAGAUCCCUGACAUGCCCUCUGAUGUGGUGGGAGCUCUCAUGUUCCUGGAAGACUAUGUAAAGUACACUAAGCUGUCGCGCAAGGUGGCCGAAGCUCAUGUACCCAGUUUCAUCUUUGAUGAGUUCAGAACGAUACUGUGAAGACCUGGAUGAAGCCUUUUCAUCAGCAGUGUAUGCUCAUAUUGACUGUUCAGUUAUUUACUUACACAUCAUUGUUUUGACCAUUAAUGUCUUAAUGCGCUAAUAUUACACUGUACAUAGUUAGAAGAGACAACUGUUAAAAUUGCCUAUAAUUUGACUUGCCAACUUUGUUUACCAUUGUGCCAUUGCCUAAAGAAAUUCAUAAUAAAUAUAAAUGUUUAUA